GUUCUUCCAGUGCUUCCAGUCGAGAGAGACUGGUCUCUAGAGGGCCGUUGCUUUUGCCAUGGAACCACAAAGUGCCAGGGGAACCCGGAGCGAUCUGCAAGGUGCAGGCAGCUCCCUAGUGCCGCUCUCUGCGCGAGAGCCAAGAGCACGAGGAAGCUUGCAGCCGAAGGCAUCGCUUGGCCGGCAGGACACCAAUCAGUCGGCUGAAGGCGUUGCGGCCAGCGUGACGAGUCAACUGCCUGAUGCGCUGCACCUCCGCAGCACGGCGGCAGAUCAAACUCUGAGCAAGAGGGAGUUGGAAAGAGCCCGGAAGAGAAAAGAGUUUGAGCUGAAGUUGGACAAGCUGCACAAAUUACGGGAGGACGACCAGCUACGCAUCAAGGAGCGCCAUGAGCGCCAGAAGAGGAUGAAAGAUCACCAGACAGAGUCUCUGGUGCGUUCCAUCCUCUCAGAGAAUGGCCUAAAGGCUGAGGCCAGCCAACUGAUCGAGGAGUUUGACAAUCGCGUGCGCGACCGGAAGCAGGCUUUGUACGAGCACUGGGAUGCGGAAGUCGCCCAAAGAGUGGAGCAUCAAGUCAUGAAGUACCUCAACCCGGCGCCACCGCAAUUGCCACCUCACUUCAAGGGCCGCGAGCCGCUGAGAGCCAGCGAUGACCCCUUGAAGUCGCUGAUCCGCCAGGGCAACGAAGAAGAGGCAUUUCGGAAGGAGUCUGAGUUCACCCUUCAGCAUGCACCGCAUCAGGGUAAUCUCAAGGAAGAGGUCAGGAAAAGAGACCUCAUUCAGGAGGCAGUCUCGCAGCGGGAGCAUAUGCGACCGAUGCUGCCAGUGCCCUUGUGGGAGCAGCGGCAGCACUACGCCUCCAACCUUGGCCGGUUUUGCCAGAGCUGCGAGCGCGGAGGCCCGCAUCGAAGCGCCAAGCGCAUGGGCACAGGGGUGCACUUCAUUGACGAGUCAGAUGGCGUUGUUGCCGCUGGGAAGACGAAAGACAAGUACGAGAGAAACAGGCUGGGGGUGCUGGAGGGUACAAUCGCAAAGGAAGGAGAGUCCAAGAACUACAAGCGUCCUGAUGGCCACUCUUCUGCUGCUCCUUGCCAGGAUCAUUUCUUCUACGAACGUGGGAAUGAGGCAGUGGAGAGAGAGAUGCCGCGGGGCAAGCGGAUGUAUCCAAUACUAAAGCGGUAAGCCUUCCGCCCCAUGGCGGGACCGGAUCGUUCCAAGUUUUCAGCCGCACCCGUAGGUGCUGAUACAAGUUGCAGCCGGACCACGUGCUCUCGUAGU